AUGUGGAAUGCACUGGUGCUAGCAGCGGCUGUAGGUCACAGUGUUGCGGUCUAUGCAUCUCCUACAUGGCCAUACAACAGUGGUGGACAGUACGCUCCGCAGACGGCUGAGACGUACGCUUCACGGACAUACUUCUAUGCUGGCGGAAGAUACAUCAAUGCCACAUUGCCUGGCAAGAACACAUCCUCACAGUACAUGGUCGGGCAGAUCUAUGUGGAGCGCCUGCAGCCUGCUCAUAUCAGACACAAGUAUCCUCUGGUCUUCACUGCCGGCAAUGGGCAGACUGGAUCUAACUGGCUGAACACUCCAGAUGGUCGCGAAGGCUGGGCAUCGUACUUCCUACGCCAGGGCUACGAAAUCUAUCUCACCGACCAAACACUCCGCGGUCGCUCGCCCUGGCUGCCUAUCCCGGGAGGCCCGGACUCGGGCAAUGUGACGGCUUACAGUACCACGCAAACCUCUUCAUUAUUCACUGCUCCACCGGCCUUCGAUCCGCUACCAUAUCCGCAAGCAGUGAAUCAUACACAAUGGCCUGGUACUGGUCUCCCAGGCGAUGAGAUCUUUGAUGCUUUCUAUGCUAGUCAGCUGCAGACGGUUUCUUCCACGGCGCUCGUGGCGAGAGAUAAUAAUGCUUCGUACACUGCUCUCUUAGAUCGUAUCGGCGCCGCGGUCGUGUUGACGCAUAGUCAAGCUGGUUCCUUCGGCUGGCAACUAGGCGAUGCCAGGCCGAAUUUGGUCAAGGCCAUCGUCGCUCUCGAGCCUUCGGGACCGCCCUUUGCGAAUUGGCUUGGGGCGCCUUUUCCACCGGAUUAUCAAAGUAAUGAGAUGCGACCUUAUGGUCUCACGAUCCUGCCUCUAGCGUACGCGCCCGAUGUCGGAAUGAACGCUUCGCUCUUGUCGACAGUCACGAUACCGGCGAGAGAUAACCAGAGUGCACCGUGUACGCUCCAGGCCGCGCCAGCCAAGCGAUUGGUGAAUUUGGGAAAGAUACCAGUACUGAUGUUGACGAGUGAGGCGAGCUAUCAUGCCGUGUACGAUUACUGUACUGCUGCUUAUCUGCAGCAAGCUGGGGUCAAUCUGACGUAUGUUGAUCUGCCGGAGGUGGGCAUACAUGGUAAUGGGCACUUCAUCUUUCUGGAGAAGAAUAAUCUGCAGGUGGCUGAGGAGGUUGUGAUGCCGUGGUUGCGCGGAUGUGGAUAG